ACAGCCGCCGCACGGCGGGCUGCCGGCUGCAUCUCGGGCGUCCGCGCCUCCGCGCCCGGCAGCGCCUGCUCCACCCUUGGCGACUCCUGCGUCCCGCGCGGGCCCUCGCCGGUGAGCGCGCGGCGGCCAGGCUGGCUGGGCGGCGGCGGGCGUCCACGGCUGGAGCGUCUCCGGCGGGCGGGCGAGCGCACGCUGCUUGGCGCGCGAGCUGAUCCGCCUCGCGCCCGCGGGAGCCGCGAUGUUGGGCAGCUCCGCGCCGCGGCCUGCGGCCCGCGAGACGGGCUCGGCACUGCCUGCGCUGCAGCAGACUGGGCUCCAGGAGGACCAGGAGAACAUCAACCCGGAGAAGGCGCCCGCCCCGCAGCCGCGGACCCAGGCGGCGCUGGCCGUGCUGAAGGCCGCGAACCCGCGCUGCCCCGCGCCGCAGCAGAGGCCCAAGACGCGCCGGGUCGCACCUCUAAAGGAUCUUCCCGUAAAUGAUGAACAUGCCACUGCUGUUCCUCCUUGGAAAGCAAACAGUAAACAGCCUGCGUUCACCAUUCAUGUGGAUGAAGCAGAACAGGAAACUCAAAAGAGGCCAUCUGAAUCUAAAAGAACAGAGUGUGAGGAUGUCCUGGCUUUUAAUACAGCUGCUACUUUACCUGGACCAAGAAAACCCCUGGUGCCUUUGGAUUAUCCAAUGGAUGGUAGUUUUGAGUCACCACACACGAUGGACAUGUCAAUUGUAUUAGAAGAUGAAAAGCCAGUGAGUGUGAAUGAAGUGCCAGACUACCAUGAGGAUAUCCACACGUACCUUAGGGAAAUGGAGGUUAAAUGUAAGCCUCGAGUGGGCUACAUGAAGAAGCAGCCAGACAUCACUAACAGUAUGCGCAUCCUCGUGGACUGGCUGGUUGAAGUGGGAGAGGAAUAUAAACUGCAGAAUGAGACCCUGCACCUGGCUGUGAACUACAUUGACCGGUUCCUGUCGUCCAUGUCGGUGCUGAGAGGGAAGCUUCAGCUUGUGGGCACUGCCGCCAUGCUGCUAGCCUCAAAGUUUGAAGAAAUAUACCCCCCAGAAGUAGCAGAGUUUGUGUACAUUACAGAUGAUACCUAUACCAAGAAGCAGGUUCUGAGAAUGGAGCACCUAGUUUUGAAAGUCCUUGCUUUUGACUUAGCUGCACCAACAGUAAAUCAGUUUCUUACCCAAUACUUUCUACAUCAGCAGCCUGCAAACUGCAAAGUUGAAAGUUUAGCAAUGUUUUUGGGGAGAGUGAGUUUGGUAGAUGCCGACCCCUACCUGAAGUAUCUGCCAUCUGUUAUUGCUGGAGCAGCCUUCCACUUAGCACUCUACACAGUCACAGGCCAAGGCUGGCCUGAAUCACUGGUUCAGAAGACUGGAUACACCCUGGAAAGCCUCAAGCCCUGUCUUGUGGACCUCCACCAGACCUACCUCAGAGCCCCGCAGCAUGCACAGCAGUCCAUAAGGGAGAAGUACAAGCAUUCAAAGUAUCAUGGAGUUUCUCUCCUCAACCCACCAGAGACACUAAAUGUGUAACGUGGAAGACUGCCUGUUUUCUAAGAUGUAAAUCACUCAAAGUACAUGGUGUACAGUUUUUAUCUUAGGUUUUAAUUCCACAAUCAUUUCUGAACAUAGAAGUUGGUCAAGGACAAAUUAUGGUAUCUAUUACUUUUUUAAUGGUUUUUAAUUUGUAUAUCUUUUGUACAUGUAUCUAUCCUAGAUAUUUGGCUAAUUUUAAGUGGUUUUGUUAAAGUAUUAAUACCGCCAGCUGUCAGGGUAAUAAUAAAUUGACUUGGAAAUCUUUGAUGUAGUUAAUUGGAAGUUUAAAUAUGACUUGUUCCAGAUUCUCUUAAAAAAGUUAACUUGUUUAUGGUUUGUUGUGCAAUGGGGAGUGAGGAGCCUUCCUCUAAAAUUGGAGUCGUAUUAGGAAAACACCCUCAAAUUCUGACACUUAUUUCCUAAGCAACUGAACCAGUGUGCCGACUUAGUCUUAAACUAAGCAUUCCUAGAAUAAACCUAGGCCUUUUCAGUACAGUGAAGACCCUGAGACUCAGCUCUGUAUAACUACACUGAAGCAGCCUUUGAAAAUAUCAACUUCUAUAACUUUACCUGGUUCAUAGUUACUUACAACUUAAGAAUCUGAAAUGACAAAAACUCCGAAGAGGUUUUGGGAAGCUUUUGUGCACAUUAACAAAGAGUUCACUUUUAAAGGUUCAUUUAAAGUAUUAAAAACAAUCGGCUAACCAGACUUUAUAAUGGGAGUGUGAAUAAAAAAAAAAAAAAUACCCAAAGUAGUUUGCACUGAAUAAAUUACCUUUAUUAGCUACAUAUGCAAAUAUGCAACUAUUGUUAGUUAACAACUCUCUUCUUUUUUCUCUUUUUUGCUGGCUUUUUACUUGGUGCUUUUUCUUGUUUUGCACUGAUGGUCUGUGUUCUGUGAAUAAAGAAAAGUAACAGUUCACUAACA